AUGAUACAUCCAGACAGAAGGCGGCGUCAGGCUACUCCUCCUUCUCGGCAUCAGGAUGCUCACUCUGAUCAUGCUCGACAUGCCAUCCCAAAGUCGAAAAAAGACUCGCCACCGCCAAGGCGUCAACGGUCUCGUUCACCACGGCCAGCUCAUACCAGACCGCAGCGCGUGUCGCUCCAAGACAUUGACCCUGCUCGACGGAGGGAACGCGAACGGCAGCUGCAAGAGAGACAAGCACAAGCACCUGCGGAAGUUGCAAAACAACCUUUCGACCCAAAGGCCGAGUAUGAACGUCUGAUGGAGACACGCGCAGGCGGAACUUAUGUGCCACCGGCCAAGCUUCGCGCACUGCAGGCAGCAUUCUCCGACAAAGGAACGAAGGAGUUUCAGCGAAUCGCUUGGGAGAACUUGAAAAAGGCCCUCAAUGGUCUAGUGAACAAGGCUAAUAAGGCCAACAUCAAGAUCAUUGCGCCGGCCCUCUUCGGCGAAAACAUUGUCCGCGGUCGUGGGCUCUUUGCAAGAAGUAUGAUGAAGGCUCAAGCUGCUGCACUGCCCUUCACGCCAGUCUAUGCGGCUGUUGUGGCCAUUGUCAACACAAAAUUGCCUCAAGUUGGUGAACUCUUGCUCUCAAGACUCAUCCUGCAAUUUCGACGCGCCUUCAAGCGCAAUGAUAAGCCAGUCUGCCUUGCCUCUGUCGCAUUUCUAGCGCAUUUGUGCAAUCAGCAAGUAGCACACGAAAUUGUUGCUCUCCAGAUGCUAGCACUGCUACUGGAACGCCCGACAGAUGACUCGGUAGAAAUCGCCGUGGGAUUCAUGCGUGAGGUUGGCGCAUUUCUGGCAGAAGUAUCACCAAAAGCAAACAAUGGCGUCUUUGAGCGAUUUCGGUCCAUUCUGCAUGAAGCGGAAAUUGACAAACGCGUGCAGUACAUGGUCGAAGUGCUCUUCCAGGUGCGCAAGGAAAAGUACAAGGACCAUCCAAUCGUGGAGCCUGAGCUCGACUUGGUCGAAGAAGAGGAUCAAAUCACACACUACAUCAGCCUCGACGACGAGCUCGAUGUUCAAGAUCAUCUGAAUGUAUUCCAAUACGAUGAGCAGUACGAUGAGAAUGAAGCCAAAUACGCGGAACUGAAGAAGGAGAUUCUAGGUGAUGACGAAGAGGAAUCAGGAAGCGGAGAGGAAGAUGAAGCCGAGGACGCAGAUGCUGCUGUUGAAGAAGAACGCCAGCUCGAGAUUCAAGACGAGACUAACACAAACUUGACGAACCUCAGGAGGUCCAUUUACUUGACCAUCAUGUCUUCGGUCGACUAUGAAGAAUGCACGCACAAACUCAUGAAGCUCAAGCUGCAAGCUGGACAAGAGCAAGAGCUGUGCAAUAUGAUUGUCGAGUGUUGCUCUCAAGAGCGAUCCUACACGCGCUUCUACGGACUCAUUGCUGAACGCUUUUGCAAGCUCAAUCGACGCUGGAAAGAGUGCUUCACGACAGGCUUCACCAACUACUACGACACGGUGCAUCGUUACGAAACCAACAAGUUGCGCAACAUUGCCAAAUUGUUUGGCCACCUGCUUGCAGAAGAUGGACUCGAUUGGGAUGUGCUCGCUUGCGUCCACCUCAAUGAGGAAGAAACGACAUCGUCAUCUCGCAUCUUCAUCAAGAUCCUUUUUGAAGAAUUGACAGCGGCUCUGGGAUUGAAGAAGCUUGCCGAGCGCUUUUUACAACCGCAAUUGCAGAGUUCUCUGAACGGUCUUUUCCCCAAAGACGGCGAUGCCAAGAAGACACGUUUCGCCAUCAACUACUUUACGUCCAUUGGCCUAGGUCUGCUGACUGAAGAUAUGCGUGCCUACCUGCUCGCCAUGCCAAAGCCAGCGCCCGUGCGAGCCGCUUCGCCAAGUGAUUCUUACAGCUCACGGUCGGGCUCCUACUCCUCUUACAGCAGUCGAUCGCGGUCAUACAGCUCGAGCAGCCGAUCGCGCUCUGUGUCGAGAAGUUCGCGUUCUUCAAGCUCACGCUCUCGCUCUCGCUCUCGCUCUCGCUCUCGCUAUCGAAGUAGAAGCAGAGAUCGACGCCGUGGCUGCUCAUCUUCUCGUUCACGCAGUCGAAGUCGAAGUCGGCGUCGAAGUCGAGGACGUAGCGCAAGCCCCCCACGCCGUGAUCGACGGAGAUCGUCUCCUGAGCCGUCAAGGGGAAGGGUCUCUACUUCACAACGUCGCCGCAGUCCGAGUUACAGCAGCAGGUCACGUUCGCCGUCGCGUCGGCGCUCUGAUGCCGUCAGAGGAAGGUCAAGGUCGUCUGACUCGAGACGAAGCCGGUCGCGCACUCCAAAAACAAGGCAGACAGCUCGCAGUGGUGGCCCUGGUGGGCGAUAA